AAGGGGGGAAAGGAAACGAGUAGCCAAAAAGCCAAUAGAAAAAAGGGGAGGGGGGAAAAAGGAUGAAAGGGAGAGAAGAGCGAAUCAAUGAGUAUUGGAUCUAUAUUCUCCCUUUCCCUCUCCUCUCAGAUCCCUCCCUCCCUCUCGCUCGCUCUCUCUGCCUAUCCCUCCUCGUCCUCUGCUCAUUAACCUAGCGUCGAUCUCGACGGGCGACGGUUAAUCUCAUAACGGAUCCUCGUCGAUCGAGAGGCGCCCUGUGCGAUCCUGGACUGGAGUGCUUGCUAGCGAUCAUCAGGACCCUUCGAAUGGGCUCCUGCUUGUCCACCGCCUCCGAAGCCUCCUCGCCGUCUUCGUCGGCGGCGACGCCGAGAUCGAGGAAGAAGAGGGCGAGGAGGGCGCUGGGGAGGAGCGCCUCCUUCGAGGCGAAGAGCGAUGAGGCGCUGCGCAAGAUCCCGGGGAGGAUGUUCUUGAACGGGGCGAGUGGGAUUGCGUCGAUGUUCACGCAGCAGGGGAAGAAGGGGACUAAUCAGGAUGCCAUGAUUGUUUGGGAGAACUUUUGUGCAAGAAGUGACACAGUUUUCUGCGGGGUAUUUGACGGCCAUGGACCAUUUGGACAUAUGGUUGCAAGACGAGUGAGAGAUUCUCUCCCUCUGAAGUUAAGUUCUCAUUUGGAAGUAAAAGUUGGUAAUGUUAGAGAGAACAUCAGUAUAACUACUGCAGGAAGCAUGAAUUCAGAGGAUUCUUUGUCUCUUAAUCUUGAGGAAGAAUCUAGGGCUUCUGCUGAUUUUGAAGAGAGAGAUAAUUAUCCGGAGAUGUUUAUGGGACUGAAACAAUCAUUCUUGAAGGCCUUUAAAGUUAUGGAUAAAGAACUUAGGGUUCAUCCAAAUAUUGAUUGCUUCUGUAGCGGGACAACAGCUGUCACCCUUCUCAAGCAGGGUCAAGAUCUCAUAAUCGGUAAUGUCGGUGAUUCGAGAGCUAUUCUAGGUACCCGAGACCAAGAUGACAGGUUGAUUGCGGUUCAAUUGACCGUGGACCUCAAGCCAAAUCUUCCUAGGGAAGCAGAGAGAAUCAGGCGGUGUAAGGGCAGAGUUUUUGCACUUCAGGAUGAGCCAGAGGUGGCUCGUGUUUGGCUUCCGAAUAACGAUUCCCCUGGCUUAGCAAUGGCAAGAGCUUUUGGAGAUUUUUGCCUCAAAGAUUUCGGCCUGAUCUCUGUCCCUGAUGUUUCAUAUCGACGCAUCACUGAAAAGGAUAAGUUUAUUGUCUUGGCCACUGAUGGGGUCUGGGAUGUGCUAUCCAAUGAAGAAGUGGUAGACAUUGUUGCCUCCACUCAAGUUCGGUCUUACGCAGCACGUUCCUUAGUUGAAGCAGCAGUUAGAUCGUGGAGGAUCAAAUAUCCAACCUCGAAAGUAGAUGAUUGUGCUGUAGUUUGCCUUUUCCUCAAUGCAGAUGAAAGUACCUCGGCUUCAAGUUCCAAAGAAGCGUGUAAUAGUUGGUCAUUUAACUCAACAGAAGCUGAUGACAAUACUGAACUAAAUCCUUCGAUUCCAACCUCACUAGACCGAUCAGGAACAGUUAGGUCACCUGUGACUGUUCAAGGAGAUAAUAUUGAAAUAGAGGGUGUUGCCCGAGUUGAUACACUAUUAACACUUCCGAGGUUUGUUCCUGAUACCAAGAUCAAAAAAGCAACAUGAAAGUUUUUAGCAACUCUGUGGACUAUUGAAGAAUGCCCACAUUGUGUAUGUAUUGGUUAUGUUAUGGGUAAGCUGGGUAUACCCGGGUUUAUUAGUCUGAUCGGGUAAUUUGCUCUCCUGCCUGUUUCUUGAUUUCCAUGUCAAGUGUGAAUGGAAUUUUUUUGCUGUACAAGUUACAGGAUAGUUUGAUUGUUGUAAUCACUCUGUGAUAUCAUCACAAAAGGGGGUUUAUGUUGUAGUCUUGAUGUCCUUGAGCUGUAUUUUGCUGAUCUUCUCAUGUUUUUCUUAAAGGAAAUAGAGGCACUUGGUGCCCCAUUCCAUA